AUGGUAGUUGAAGGGCAACAUGAGCAUGGUGAUGAUAGUGGUGGAGAUUGGAGAGUGUUAGACAAUGAUGAUGAUCGAGAUUCGGAAACAUGCAGGGGCGGCGAAGGCGGUUUUUACCUCGGAGGAAUCGGAAUCGAUGUGAAUCGGUUACCAUCUGGCGUCGACUGCGAAGAUGAAGCAGGGGUUUCAUCUCCGAACAGCACCGUCUCCAGCGUGAACGACAAGCGGAGUGAGAGGGAAGGCAAUGGCGAAGAGCGUGACGUGGAGGAGAGAGAUUGCUCCAGAGGAAUCAGUGAUGAAGAUGAUGACGGUGGUGAAACUUCAAGGAAAAAACUCAGACUCUCCAAAGAUCAAGCCAUUGUUCUUGGAGAAAGCUUCAAAGAACACAACACUCUUAACCCCGAAGAAGAAGAAGAUGAUGGUGAAUUGGUGAUGAAAAAGUUUGAAAGGGUUUGA